UCACACAAAGAGGAAAUGACAGACAACCAGCGAAGAAGAAGUCCAUGAAUGAAUUGAAUGAACGUGUUUAGCACCAAUAUCAUAAACUUUUUUUUUUAUCAAAGUAGUUUUUUGUAAAGACUAGUGAGAAUACCCAUUUGGAGUGAUAAUGUCAGGGAUACCUUCAGACACAUGGCAGCCGCCAACAGUGGCUCUGGACACAACGAUGGGGACGGUUGUAGUGGAGCUGUACUGGAGACAUGCACCAAAAACCUGCAAGAACUUUGCAGAGCUUGCCCGAAGAGGCUACUACACCAAUACAAAGUUUCACCGCAUCAUCAAAGACUUCAUGGUGCAGGGAGGAGACCCUACAGGAACAGGUCGCGGUGGUGCUUCCAUAUUUGGUAAACAGUUUGAAGAUGAACUGAGCCUGGAGCUGAAAUUCACAGGUGCUGGUAUUCUCGCGAUGGCCAAUGCAGGACAAGACACAAACGGAAGCCAGUUCUUCCUCACACUGGCCCCCUCACAGUGGUUAGAUGGAAAGCACACUAUUUUUGGAAGAGUAUGCCAGGGGAUGGGGGUGCUGAACCGGAUUGGGAUGGUUGAGACUAGUGGACAGGAUCGACCCAUCGAUGAUAUCAAAAUCGUCAGAUGCAAUGUAGCAAAUUAAACAAAUACUGAUCAUUUUUAUACAGGUUUUUUUUUUUUUCAAUAAAUGUUUGUUAAAUUUU